GCGGGGCCGGCGCCAGCGCCGGGAGAGGCGCUCCGCCAGCGGCGUAAACUCUGCCGGGUGCCGCGGCGGAGCAGAUGGAGGACCCCAGAGCAUUCCAAACAGAACAGAUGCAGACCAGUUUAACUCAAAAUUGACAGCCUGAAAGCCAGGGCUGUCCCCAGAGUGUUGUGGUGGGAACAGACAGACUGUCCAGCAUCAGAAUGAAUGCUCCUGAUGUCUAUAUGGCCCUUCUGUGGACACUUGAGCCUCCCAGGCCUUCAGCCAAGACUUGUGACAGUAAUUAAAGGCUCUGGAUAAGCUGCUUCAGAUCAAAUUCUAAGAAGUAGCAUUUCAGGAUCAAAAGGUGCCUUUGGAGGCAGGGCCAUGCUCACAUUCAUGGCUUCUGACAGCGAGGAAGAGGUGUGUGAUGAGCGAACAUCCCUGAUGUCGGCUGAGAGCCCCAUAUCACGCUCCUGCCAGGAGGGCAGGCCGGGCCUGGAGGAUGGAGAGAACACUGCGCAGUGGAGGAGCCAGGACAGUGAGGAAGACUGCGAGGAGGACCCUGACCACUACAUCUGCAGUGGAGUUCCUGGACGACCACCAGGCCUGGAGGAGGAGCUGACCCUCAAGUAUGGGGCAAAACAUGUGAUCAUGCUGUUUGUGCCUGUCACACUGUGCAUGAUUGUGGUGGUGGCCACCAUCAAGUCGGUGCGCUUCUACACGGAGAAGAAUGGGCAGCUCAUCUACACGCCCUUCACAGAGGACACGCCCACGGUGGGCCAGCGUCUCCUCAACUCCGUGCUGAACACCCUCAUCAUGAUCAGCGUCAUUGUGGUCAUGACCAUCUUCCUAGUGGUACUCUACAAGUACCGCUGCUACAAGUUCAUCCAUGGCUGGCUGAUUAUGUCCUCCCUCAUGUUGCUGUUCCUGUUCACCUACAUCUACCUCGGGGAAGUGCUCAAGACCUACAACGUGGCUAUGGACUACCCCACACUCUUCUUGGCUGUCUGGAACUUCGGCGCAGUGGGCAUGGUGUGCAUCCACUGGAAGGGGCCUCUGGUGCUGCAACAGGCCUACCUCAUUGUGAUCAGCGCGCUCAUGGCCCUGGUGUUCAUCAAGUACCUGCCAGAGUGGUCUGCCUGGGUCAUCCUGGGUGCCAUCUCUGUGUAUGAUCUUGUGGCUGUGCUGUGCCCUAAAGGACCCCUGAGGAUGUUGGUGGAAACUGCCCAGGAAAGAAAUGAACCCAUAUUUCCUGCUCUGAUAUACUCAUCCGCCAUGGUGUGGACGGUAGGCAUGGCAAAGCUGGACCCCUCCUCUCAAGGAGCUCUGCAGCUGCCCUAUGACCCAGAGAUGGAAGAAGACUCCUAUGACAGUUUUGGGGAGCCUUCGUACCCUGAAGCCUUUGAGCCCCCCCUGCCUGGCUACCCAGGGGAGGAGCAGGAGGAAGAGGAGGAAAGGGGUGUGAAGCUCGGCCUGGGAGACUUCAUCUUCUACAGCGUCCUGGUGGGCAAGGCGGCAGCCACUGGCAGUGGGGAUUGGAACACCACACUGGCCUGCUUUAUUGCCAUUCUCAUUGGUUUGUGUCUGACCCUCCUGCUGCUCGCCGUGUUCAAGAAGGCACUACCCGCCCUCCCCAUCUCCAUCACCUUCGGGCUCAUCUUCUACUUCUCCACAGACAAUCUGGUGCGUCCUUUCAUGGAUACCUUGGCCUCCCACCAGCUCUACAUCUGACAGGAGACAAGCAGUGGCUCUGGGAGCUGUAGCAAGCUUCACUGGAUGCAGGUGGAUAGUUUUACACUUUAGUGCCAUAUAUUUUUUAAACGUUUCUUUCCUUAAAAAAAAACAACAAAAAACAAAGAAGCAUUGUAUUUACUUCAUGACAAGGAUGCAGAAGCUGCUUUUUGGUGGUAGCUGUUUUGUUGUUGACUGUGGCCAUCCUGCGGGAGCACCUGCAGGACGCUCAGCAAGGGUAUCAGCAAGGAUGAGGUCACAUAUAUGGGGCAGGCCUGGAGAGGACACUGGUACUUUCCAGGUCUCUGAUCCUCCAGGUUUGAGCAGAAGGGAGAUAUGUGUCAGUGGGGACCAGGAGGCAUGCUCAGAAAGGGCACUAAGCACUGUCACCCUGACCAGAGGAGAAAAGCCAGUUCCCCAUCAUGACUGUCCCCAGUGCUUCAUUCGUGAUGUCACUGUUACUUUAGUACCUUUAGAAGCUAAGUCCUGUUCUUGUUACAGCAGUGACUGCUGGGAAGCGGCUUAAUAUUAAUAACAAUAAAUAGAUGCUCCUGUUGGAA